AUGGAUGAUGGGGAACGAUUCAGGGUUGAUAUCGAACUGGAUUGGACUAUUGCCUUAAAGAGAUUAUCUCCGACUAUCACCACAGCAUCUAUAUCAUUCAUUGCAACAACAUCUUCAUCAAUAUCACUGCAAAAAUUAGCCCCAGAAAUCUUGGAAUCAAUAUUUAUUCAUCUCUCGACACCUUGCACCGUUGCCCCAGUCUGUCGUUUAUUCCAUCUAAUCGUCGCCUUUUCGAAAUCAUUUAAGCGACGUUGGCUUCGUCAAUGGCUUAACCCAAAACUUCCAGAUGCAUUCAUGCCAACUUAUUCUGAUCUCUGUCGUGCAAUCGAAUCAAAAACUCCAAUCAAUAUUUUGGUUGAGAUCAUCAAUCUUCAGAUACUUGGAAAACGACCACUUUGCUCUUCUAAAGGAGGAUAUGUCACGAGAUUAGUUGAUGCAGCGUAUGCACAUACGGACAGAAAAAUAUUAAUUCCAUUUCUGAUCAAGAAAGGAAUGAGACUUGAGGUUUAUAUUCAUAAUCAUACGACACAUGAUUUCGAGUUGACUGAAGGAGGAAAUGAAAUCGAGAAAAAAACAACCAAAGAUUAUUUCUCAGUGUUAGUGUUUGCGCGUCAAAAUUCUUUUGAAUUCUACAAUCAAUUGUUGGCAGCAAAAAAAUACUUCAACGAAACUGAAUUAGCAUUUGGUAUUGUACUUCAUCAAAGAUUCGAUGUUGCCGAUGCACUUUCUCUACAGAUGCAACACACGUUGGAUGUAUUGGACGAAUGUGUAGAUCGGCAAUACACGAACGGAAUAGCAUGGGCUUUCGCACGAGGUCUUGGCGAUGCUCAAAAGCGUAAUCCACUCUAUCUUCGAAUAUGUGUUGAGAAAGCAGAUGUAGAAGCAGUCAGAACAUUAAUAUUGAACGGGGCAUUAAUUAAUAUUUCGCCAUCAUCACAUCAAAACAAUGCAGAUUCAUUUGGAUCAACCAGUUUUCUCGAAUUUUCAUUACAAUGUUACUUCUCGUAUCACAAAGAAAAAGAAACCAGAAAAGCGAGAAUCGAGAUUAUUAAACUGUUUUUAAUGUCAAAUGCAGAUCCAAAUGCUGAUUGUGGACGUCCAUUGGCACUGACAGUCACCAAUUAUAACUGGGAAUUGACACGAUUAUUAUUGAGUUUUGGUGCUGAUCCGAAUCGCGAUAACCAAUUAGCGUUGAAAAUUGCUAUGGAUUUAGGAUAUAAAGAUAUGGCAAGUACGUUGUAUCAGAUAAUUAAAGAUAGGAGUGCAGAACAUGAUGAUAAUCAUGCCGAUGAAAACGGUAACAACAACAAACGGGAUAGUACUUUAUUAAAAGCGGUACGUAAAAUGACACACUCUCUUGAGAAAAUGAGAAUUCCUGGUCGACGCAAAAGCGAAAAAAUAAUCUUAGAAAUAAUCAAUAUGGCAGAACCCAGAGUUUCUUUUGAUAAAAAAGAAAGCAUUAUCGCUGCUAGUUCUACAUCUACAGUCCCUGUUUCAUGUCAACAUAAACGUGUUAUGCCUAAACGUAAAGCCACUCCGUAUGUAUGGUCUAAUAAUAAUCAUACUACUACUACACCAAAAGAUAAUGAAGGGAAAGGAAAUCAAGGUGAAAAUGAAGACGUAAAUAUUGUCGAAAAAUAA